AACCCACAUGCAUCAAUUAUCUGCCCAUUUCAACAUUAUCAUGGAUUUUAGUUAAUAUGUAGUUAAAGUUUCAUUCUACAUUGUUUUCUCACACGCACGGUUCAAGAAGCUCCCCGAGCUUAUGACAUAUAUAAUUGACCUUUGAUUGGUUACAAGCCAUGGAAUUACUUGACCGGCCUUAGCACGCUUGACUUCCGGUGACGGGGCCCUUCUACAUCCCCCCAACCUGCUACAAAAUGAAGAAGGCUACCCGUCAACAUUUUUUCUUUCACGGCGAGCUGGGCCGGGACGAUGAAAAAAAGAAUUGUCACUUUUGCCAGAUUCGCUCGUUCGCGACACACACGCGAUUCCCCGUCACAAUUAUCAAUACAGAAGACAAUGCGGUGCUUGAUCCUGAUUUCCGUUUUGUAGAUAGGUCAAUCCUCGGAAACGGUGUGGAAUUAACUAAGAAGGAGUUCCUCACUGGCUGUGAGUGCAUCGAUGGAGAUGAUUGCCAGUACAAUACGUGCAAUUGCCUACAGGAUGUGGAGGACGAUUCUUCCGAUGACGACGAUAACGCUGCCGCGGAUGAGAAAUCCUACCGUGGGAAAUUUCGCAAGAGAACAUAUGCGUACCACACACAUGGCGCAAAGGCUGGCCGACUACGUUCCAAGAUCCUAGCUUCACGCGACCCCAUCUACGAGUGUCAUGAAAGCUGCGUGUGCCCUCAGGACUGCCCCAACCGAGUAGUAGAGAGAGGUCGCAAGAUCCCAUUACAGGUAUUCAGGACUACGAAUCGUGGUUGGGGGGUGCGGAGUACGGUAGACAUCAAAAAGGGCCAGUUUGUCGAUAAAUAUAUGGGCGAAGUGAUCACUGCGCGGGAAGCUAAUGGCCGACGCGCAAAGUCUCACAUCGCGCAACGUAAAGAUGUCUACCUCUUCGCGCUGGACAAGUUUUCGGACCCGGACUCGUACGACGAGCGACUACGUGGUCCACCUUUGGAAGUGGACGGCGAGUUUAUGUCGGGUCCAACUCGAUUCGUAAACCACUCCUGUGACCCGAACAUGCGCAUCUUUGCUCGAGUAGGGGACCAUGCUGAUAAGCAUUUACAUGACCUGGCCCUAUUUGCGGUCCGAGAUAUACCAAGGGGUGAAGAGUUGACAUUUGACUAUGUAGACGGUAUUGAUGAUUCGGACAACGAUGCACUUGAUCCGAAGAUGCAGAAGGAUAUGACGCGUUGUUUGUGCAGAAGCAAGAAUUGCAGAGGCUACCUCUGGUAAUGAAUGGUAUGGGGAUUAUAUGUAGGAUGCACUAUCAUUAGGUAUCCUCUUUUGUGGUUCUCGGUUUCUUGUGCGUUGAUAUCGGCAUCUCAUUAUCAACGUGAGUGGCUCGGGUUAUUACUUGCUUGCUUGCAUACUAUGUAGGUACCUGUGAGGGACUAUGUAUUACUUACUUGGUGGUGCAAGAUGAUGAGCAUUGAAGUUGUUGCCUAUCGUUACCUAUGUACCUGAUGUGUGCAAUAUACAUGUGUGCACGAUGUGUGCAUAGUACGUAAGUAUCCAUCUGGAAAGCUAGGAGUUGUCAAAGCCAAUGAAAAUUUACAUGGA